UUCACAGGGAUUAAGGAUUUUGUGGCUUGCAAUCAUUUGCGGAGUUACAAGUAUUACUCAGACAGUAUUAUCUACCCUGAUGGAUUUCUAGGCUAUCCUUGUGCUUCAUAUGAACUUUUUCAAGCAGGAAACUGUUUCCCAUGCCCAGAAGGGGGAUGCCCAAAUAUGGGUCACUAUGCAGAUAAAUUCAAAGAGAAAUUCAAAAAUGAUUUUGUGAAACUUUACCUGAACACUGGAGAGGCCAAGGAUUUUCCUCUUUGGAGGUACAAGGUAACCGUGACUCUCUCUGGAAAGAGCAAAGUAAGAGGAUACGUGAAUGUUGCCCUGUAUGGCACUGAUGGGAACACAAAGCAGUACCAAAUCACCACGGGAACCCUCAAACCAGACAACACUUACACAGCCUUCAUUGAUGCAGAAACCAAUGUUGGAAAAAUUACCAAGGUUAAAUUUCUUUGGAACAACAACUGGAUAAGUCCAUUUUACCCUAAACUAGGAGCUGCUACUAUCACAGUAGAAGCUGGACAAAAUGGAACAGAGUUCCGUUUCUGUGGUUCUGGGACCGUGAGAGAAGAUGUUCUGCAAACUCUCACUGCUUGCUAA